AUGCGAAUCAGAAUUAAAACAUUGGAUAGAAAAGACGAAGAAUUUGAUAUCGCUGAUGAUGCAUGUCUGGGUCAUUUGCGUAAAAUGAUUGAAGAAAAAAUGGGUGUCAUUGAAGCAAGGCAGCGUUUGAUCUUUCAAGGACAUCCACUUUUGUGUAAUGAUCGAUUGCUUAAAGAUUACGGUAUAGCUGAUGGAUUAACUUUACAUAUGGUUGAGCGUUCACCGGAUGCACCGCCGUUAGUGGGAUCUAAUGUUCAUCAAGGUGGAGUAAAUCGAAAUGCAAAUCAUGGACACAAUCAUACUAUGGGACCUAAUAUUAUUAAUGGAGAAGUGACUAUUUUGCGCAAUUCUAUUUUUGAAGAUGCUAAUAAUACAGCAAGAUUUGUAAGGCAGACAGUUGCGGAAGUAUUAGGUGAUCUUAUUGAGCGAGCAACUAUAGAAGUAGAGACAUUGUUAAAUUUACCACGCCAUGGUGAUAUGACUAUACGAGUACAUAUUAGACGUGGUGCAACACGUCAUAUUAAUUCAGGCGCUCUCAGUAGACUCACAUUUAUCUCAGAAGCAUUGCGCCGGAGCGAACGUACCUUGCAGAUUCUGGAGCAGGAACCAUUUACGUCGAUAUCAAUUGAAGGUUAUGAACGUACCAUGACCCCUCUAAGAAGUGAUGUAGAACGUUGUAAAUUUGGUGAAACAAUUUUGGAGCUAGAGGAAGUCUUGCAUAUCUCUCGUAUCGUUGCUAUUGAUCGAAGUCAGAAAUCGGUUUUCAUUUUAACUUCUUUUAGAGCUGUUGGGCGAGUCUGGAGAAAUAAACAAUGGGAAUUCGGACAUGCCGUACCAGAAAACUAUACGGAACUAAUGCGAAAAAUAUGUGAUGUACAAAAUAUGGCUAGCACUCAGCUGAUACGUUAUCAUGAUAUCAUUCGUGGAAGAAAAAUCAUGCCAAAUAACCGUGCUAGAUGUAUUGCGUUGUGUUUUGAAGAAAAUCUUCGACGAGUAUUGCAUCGUCUUUCACAUGUAUAUCAUUCAGUUUCUGAUCUCUCAAUUAAUUUUUCGGAACCUGAUUCUCCUCUAGAACCAAGUUCUGCUGGACGUCUUGAUGAAGCAGUUACGGAGGUAAUAAAAUUUUUAAAUCUCUCAGGAUUGAACAAAUUUUAUGUCGACCACCAAUUGUCUGAAGCAAAUAUUUCUAAGUGUUUUUUCUCAUAUGUUCUGAUCACUUUGGUUUUCGUAUCUCCUAAUGAACAAGAUUCUCAAGAUGCACCAGCUGCGUCAGAAAAUCGACAAUUAACUAGUGGUGUCAUCUUUUCAUUUUUUAUCAUAGUACCAACAUUGUUUUUAAUGAGAUUUUUGACAAGAUCUGUACCAGCCUAUCGAUUCUCACAAAUCUUGCGAACUGUACCCCAAAGUGUUGUUUCGACUCCGACUGCGCGACCUCCAGCGGUUUAUGCAAUUCCAGAUAUGAAUAGAUCCUCAAUUUUGACAAUGUCAAACUCUAAUACUGGAAAUCGUAUGUCUUCAGUCUCUACUAAUCCGGUUCAUAUGCAAGCUGCUCGGCUUCAUUUGGGAACUGGAACAAAUACUACAAUGCGAUUGGAGGGGCAAGGUGUCACUGCUCCAAAUUCUAAUCAGAGAAUUGAAAAUCAGAACAGUCAGUCGGCUUCUGUAGAAUCUUUUGAUCUUCAAACACAGCUUGAGUUUACUCAGAAAUAUAUUGCCCACUUCUUUCGGCAAUACGACAAACGUCCAGAUCGGCCAAGCUUUAUAUUACAUUUCGUUACUCUAGCAUCCGAAACGCAAAUGAGUGCCGGUUCUAAUCAACUACUACAUCCUGUACCUGUGAUAGGGGUGCAAUGUCAUCGCGUAGAAGCACCUCAAGCUCAAACACUAAUGCCUACGAUUCGUACUCCCUACGGUUCAGGGCUUGUUAGCCAAGUGAUUGUUCGUACGAAUGGACCAGCAAAUGCUGAGGCUGCUCGGCGUGCUAUUGAUGCUGCAAUGCAAGCAGCUACUAAUAGUGUUAGCGAUAGUGCUGUUCAUCUACAAGUGAACAGUAUACCAAGAAUCUUUUCAUCUUUUAGUAGAAAUAGAUCAGAUUCCAGGAGCAGUACAAUUUGGGUCCGAAGGAACUAUUUCAGUCGAAAUAGAGAAGGCAACACAGAUCACCCGCUUGAUAUGUUUGUUGGGCCGCAUCUUCCAAAUGAUUUGACGAUAUAUACGAAUGAUCCACACUUGAAUUGUCAAAGCAGUUUUUAUAAUCCUCGUAAUAGCAUUCACAAUUCAGCAGCUUAUGAAACGCUAAUUAGAGAUAUGUACCAGGCAACGGUGCGAUAUAGACAAAGUCUUGAUCUAAAUUCGCCUGAAUUGGCUUAUGUGGAUUCUUUAUUGCACCGUUGGGAUCGUGUCAGGGGUUUACGUAAUGGAGAGUCUCAUGUUACUAUAAAUCAGCGGGGUGAAGCUGUGUUUGACCAUCCAGAACAGUUUCAAAGUGUUCUAAGAAUGAUACUAAGACGAGCUGUUGCGAAUUUAGAUGAUUCAGAUACUGAUAUUGCUCGCCUCUUAGACUCUUCUCAAGGCGAAUAUAGCUUUACUAAUUAUGGUAUGGUACCUAUAUUUAGCACACCAGUACAGGGAUUCGAUGUUCCUGGACAUGCAAUAGGUGCAGUUGAGAUUGAUGCUGUAGAUGUUGAAACUCCUGAUUCUGUAACUGAUCACCAGAUCAGAAAUGAGGAUGUCAUAGGAGAAUUUACAAGUCAUGAUACUGCUGCAAAUAAUUCUCAAGAAAAUUCCAUGUCUCAGGAGAGCUCUACGUCUCAAGCAAACUCUACGUCUCAGGGAGACUCUACAUCCCAAGGAGAUUCUACGUCUCAAACAGACUCUUCGUCUCAAGGAGAUUUUUCGUCUCAAGGAGACUCUGCCUCCUAUGGAAACUCUAUGUCGGAACUGCAAGCAUCUGAAGGUAGUGAAGUAACCGAUAUGAAUAUCAUUGAGAUGAUUCAAACUUUGUCAAAUUUGAUACGAUCUGGGCGUUCGAGUACUCUCGCACAAGUAAUGCGAGAGGUUGGGCAACCAGUUACAAGCCUUGAUACAGGUUUUGUCAAUUUGGUUAUGGUUCUGGCUUAUGAAAUACUGCAAAUUUCUGAAGUUAUUCAAGUUCUUAAUGGGAAUUUCUCUUCGCUUAGUAAAAACCGACAACAUAUUCGCCAAUUUUUAAUUCAGAACGUGUUUAAUGAUAAUUGUCGCCCAUCUGAUGAAGAUCUAAAGAAUGCUGCUGAACGUGUAGCACUAGCUGAAGAGAAAUUAGAUCUUUUCCUUGCUUAUAGCGAUGUUCACCGAUAUGCAGUUGUUGACGGUGUAGGACGAAUAGAUAUCGUUGCAAGUGUUUUGCGUUUAGAAAAACGAAUUUUGGAGCAAUUUUUACGCCACCUAAUGCGAACCGAUAAUGACUUAUCUCCAGAAGAAUAUUCGAAAACUAUUGUUGAUAUAUUUACGGCCUAUAUUUAUCGAGCUGUUCUGUUAACAAAUUUAUCAAUGAAAGGCGAACCUUAUGACUACGAAAGUCUUAUACUUCGUUUCAUGCAAAGACCCACGGGACCAGGUGUAGGUUAUCUAUCCGUAUCAAUGGCACAGAUGAGCAUGUCUCAUAUAAGACUUUUAUUACAUCGGGAAACACCUUUUACAAUUCAUGAUAUGAUGGAGGAUAUCGUUGUUGUUAAUGAACAUGGUGAACCUCAUGAACUGAACCACGUACCUUCGAAUAAUGGAACUGGAAGUACUUUGGGGAGUACAUCCGAAAUCGUUACAUUAGAGAGCAGUAAAAAUUAUGACGAAAAGCAGCCAAAUGACGUGGAAAUGCAAGUUCAGGAAGCUGUAACCAGUGGUAAUCAGCUCUCUGCCCUACCUAAUGAUUGGAUAUUGGUAAUUAAAGAUGACAAAAAUAGUUCGGUAUCACGAAGUAUAACCCGCUUCAGUGAAGCCUAUACAGCUGGCAGCUGUUCAACUAAAAAAAAGAUCAGAAAAGCAACCGUGGAAGGCUCUUCUGGUAGCAUAGUGUCCACUGUCGUUAAACUAUCUCUAGAAGAGGCUAUAACUUCAUCUGGACUUGUCAUUCCAGAUGUAUGUUCAAUUGCUAACUCAACUGAAGCCAUCAAUGCUCUUCAAAAUGAAUUUGAUGAUAUAGUGCGACAGCGAGUGAUGAAUGACGAGAAAUUUGAUCCAAAGAAAUAUCCGGAGUUAGAUAAAUUAGUGAAGAGAAAUAAAGAUCGCUAA